GGGCAACGAGGUAUGAUAUUAUUUUUAGAGCGAAUCCUAAAUUAGAUUGGAGAAUCAUAGGCCUUUCAGGCUGGUUUCCCAUAACAUAGAAACCCGGCCUGAAAGCCUACCUUUUGCCUCCGGAAACUGCUGCCUGAGGUGCCUUCCUGAUGCAGCCAAGAUGUGGAUGUGCCUGUUCACUGCAAUCGCCACCCGCAUCGAUGACAAGGUGGUCAGGGGAGAAGACAUGAUGGAUGUCUACCAUUUCAACGAGCGGUUUGUGAGCUGCCAACCACAGGGUGAUCCAAUCCUGAACGCGCUCGAUGUGAUCUUGCGUGAGAUCACCUGCCUUUAUUCCCCGCUGGUGUCGAAUUUUAUCACUGCGUACACACUCAACUUCAUGAGUUUCAACUGCCUCGAUAGUGAGACUAAAGACAUGCAGAUCUCGCUCAAGGCUCCGUUGUACCCAGAGUAUUCUAGGGUCCUAUCAGGCAUGCCGGAUACAUAUGGGUUUUUUGCCUUCCCUUCCAUGCUCCCAAUCCGGGAAUACAUUCAAUGCAUGCCGGAUCUAAGGAUUGUCAUAAACCACACAAAUGAUAUACUAUCUUACUACAAGGAAGAGAUGGAAGGCGACAACACAAACUACUUGUCGCUCAUGGCAGCCUCUCGUACCUCCACCUUGAAACAGGAUGCUCUGCUCGAACUGAUCGAGAAAACUGUACAAGCACAUCACAAUAUCCUCGAAUACCUCAGACCUGGUUCAGAGGCCUGUGAUGCCUACGUCAGUUUUUUCGAAGGAUAUGUCAAAUUCCAUGUUGCCUUGAAAAGGUACAAGCUGAAAGAUAUCAUGACAGAGAUGUCCUCUUCCGAUUGAUGGAUGUUCAUUCCCCUCGCUGCGCCCUCGGGCUGUCUGUCAGCGGGGGUGUUACUUGGCUUAUCUUCAUAUACUUAGCUCGCUUUGUACGUGAUUCAGGCUUAGAGUGUUACUAGUAUACAACGUUGGAUGGUCCUCUUUUUUACCACUUGCUCUGAGUUGGCCUGCACCUCAAGUUUCAUUGCAGACCCAUUUCGUACCUUUUCACCAUGUCAUCUCUGCUGUAAUUGUAAAUGAACGUUAAAUUAUAGUCUU